GUGACUCAAGACUGUUUUAAACUAGGACUUCCUAUCACCCUCUCAAAGAACUACCGUGUCAUUCACAUCUUGAAAUCGGACAGAUAACUCAAUAUCAGGUUCAAAAGACACACCAAGAUGACCGCUGAUAAACUUCACAUAUACGCAGUCACAGUGUUUAUGCUUUCUGUGGUGAUGGUCUACACACAUCCUAUUCAACAUUCCACAUGUGAGGGCAAGCAGCUGGCAGACAGCUUCUUGUUCAAUCUCCCCACUAAUCUCUUGAGGUCCCAUUGUGAACUUCAGCUCAAAAUUAAGGGCGCUAUCCGGGCUAUUUACGAACACGGUAAAGCGCCAGUCGACGUGCAGCCACCAGUCCUGAGUGCUACACUUUCCCACUUCAUCCUGGCCACCUGCCCUGCAUCAGUUGCGUUAGACCUGGAGUGCCCAGAGAUACCGGACCCAGUCAUAAUAUAUUGUUCUUGUCUUAACUCUACUGCCCAUCCCACCAACUCGACCUCCCUCCUGACAGGUCUUAACUCUACUGCCCAUCCCACCAACUCGACCUCCCUCCUGACAGACCAUGACACUCCGAAAGACAACAGUCCCUCUCCUGGUAGACAUCAUGCUAUAUACAUAACUGUGGCGGUCAUUGGCAUUGUGGCCAUAGGCGGCCUCAUCAUCGCUCUUGGAUUGGUCAUCUACAAGCGGAGGAAGUCAAAAGAUUCACCCCGCGCGCAGAAUGACAGCCCAGGCUCCUCCACCAAAGGGUCCAACGACCACCUCUUAGAGGUGCAGACCUUCAUACAAAAUGAUCCAGAGAAACAAGAUGAUUCUUCAUCUUGAAUAUGAAUCACAAAGGGAGACCAGAACGUUUUUGACCACCCAAACCUGUUCAAUGUAAAUAUAAUUACAUUACAGCACAAAAGCACCAUGGGGAAAGGAAUGUAUUAACAUGGUUUGGGUAGCCCCAGUGAAUAUAGGUCAUUAUUCUUUAUGGGGAUCCUUGGGCAUUCCCUAACUCUGAAUUUGGUGCUGUAGCCCUGUACUGCCCCCAUAAAUAGUUAUGGAUGUAAAACGAGCACUGGGGGGUCAGUGAUGAUAUCAACGUUGAAAGGACACUUCAUUGUCUCCAAGUUACCCAUCAAGCUAUGGUGCUUAUGCAACCUGUACUGUGUGGACAGCCUAGUCCUGCACUAGACUGACAACCUCUGACAUUAGAGGCGGGGUGCUACCUAGUGGGGGACUAAACCUCAUGGGUGCUAAUGUCUGUGGGUCGUACAUUUCAUUAUUUAUAAUUUAUUGUAUUUAUGAAAUUGAAGGGAAUUAAAAAUGCAGUAAAUUAGGGUCUUGCCACUUUGCAUGAGAGUAAUAGAAAAGUAUAUACUAUAAAUACUUGGAGUACUGCUGGGUGGGACUCUAUAAGGAAUUGGGUGUUUUUUUGUGUAAAUAGUACCUUGCAUUAUUCAUUUGUGUUGCUUUAUUUCUUUGCUGUUUU